AUGAACUGGAGUAAUGUUAUCCACACUAUAAUCUUCCUUUCUCUUAUUGGACCUGGAAUUAUGGGAAAUAUCCUAAUGUUUGCGAGACUUGGGUACACUUCUGCCUUGGAGACUGAGAAAAAGCCCAUUGACGUAAUUCUCAUCCACUUGGUGUUUUCUAAUAUGAUCAUCAUUUGUACAACAGGGUUGAAAGAGCUUGCCACAGUGUUUUAUUUCAGAAGCUUCCUAGGAGAUAUUGGCUGCAAAACUACAGUUUAUCUGGCAAGGAUGGCACGGGGCCUUUCCAUCUGCACCACCUGUCUCCUCAGUGUGGUCCAGGCUGUCACCAUCAGUCCCAGGACCACCUUUUGGACAAAACUCAAACCACAGACAUCAUGCCAAGUUCUUCCCUUUCUCCUCCUUUUCUGGAUUGUUAAUGUUCUCAUAAGCUCCAACUUACUCUCUUACAUUAAAGGAGGUAGUAGCUUGAACAGGUCUGUGGCUAUAAUGUACAUUGGCCACUGCUAUAUGCUACCAUCCAGACACAUUAUCAAGUGGUUUUUCCUCUCUCUCAUGACUCUUCGUGAUGUCAUCUUUCAGAGUCUCAUGGGCUGGAGCAGUGGUUCCAUGGCUCUCCAUCUGUAUAAUCAUCACAAACGUGUUCUCUAUCUUUAUAGCUCCAGGUUUGCAAACAACUCCCCUCCAGAAAUUAGAGCUACAUGGAGUAUUCUCAUUCUUAUGGCCUGCUUCCUUUUCUUCUAUUGGGUAGAUUUCAUUCUCUCUUUCUAUACAGGUUUCACAGUGACACAUGAUUCUAUUUCACUAAAUAUUAAAACAUUUUUAGAACUUGGUUAUGCUAGUUUCAGCCCCUAUGUUCUGAUUAGCAGAAAUGUUCGUGUCCCUAAUACCUUACAUGCUCACUGA